UCGGCGUCGACGCACGUCGCGCACGCGCGGGCGAUCGCGCAGACGGCGGAACUCGAGGGAGGGAUCCAGGCGUUUUACCUGGGGACGCUGCUCGCGAUCCUCGGCGGCGCCGGGUUCAUCGUCGUGCGACAAGUGCUGAUUCGUCGAGAGUUGGACGACCAAGCGAAGAAAAUGGGUGAGAGAAUACGGGCGGGGAACGCGAGCGCGGAGGAUUACUUCGAGAUGGGGAGCAUUUUGUUGAGGAAGAAGGUGUUCACGCAGGCGGUGAGAAAUUUGCAGGCGGCGGAGGAGAACUGGGACGGAGACGAACAGGACUUGGCGUUGGUGCACAACGCUUUGGGGUUUGGAUACUCCAAUACCGAUAAGAUUGAUGACGCGAUCGUGGAGUUUAAGAAGUCGGUGGCGUUACAGCCUGGCUACGUCACGGCGUGGAACAAUCUCGGCGAGGCGUACGAGAAGAAGAAGGAGCUCAAGGAAGCGAUCAAGUGCUACGAGGAGAGCUUAGUGUUGUCGCCGAACAACCCCACGGCGAGCGAAAGGUUGGAAGAGAUCACGCUUCGAUUGCGC